UGUGUUUUGUUGUCAUCUGUGCGGUGAAUAUUUUGUUGUUAUUUAUUUACGUGUUUUGUACAGUAUCAUACGAAAUUUGCAAUUUUACUUACCCGUUUUCCCAUGGCUACCACCAACGAGAUGGACGUCGAUAGCCCCUUCGUGAAGAAGGAAAACAGUUGUAAAAUCUGUGGCGAAAAUGAAGGACCAAUGGAAUCAAUCUUUUGCAAGGCGGACGACAUUGCACUAUUGAACAAGAUUUACAAAUGCACCCGCGUUGAAGUGACACCGGUUUGCGGAUUGAUUUCUCCCAUCUGUGAGUACUGCCAUCGGCGUAUCGAUGAGUUCGAUGAGAAUGCACAACCGAAGGUGGUAGAGUUUGUGAUCAAGACCGAGCUGGAACCGGAACCUCUUGAUUAUGAUCCAUUGAAUGUUGGAAACCUCGUCGAUCCGAUGGCUAUCGAUGUUAAAUCAGAAGAUGAUACGGAAGAAGAAAAUAGUCACAUGGAUAAAGCCAUCAAAGGGAGAGGGAAGAGAAAAGUAGUUAUUGUUCAACCGAGAACAAGGACAGUUCGAAAACCUGGCAGACCAAGAAUAGAUAAAGAAUCGAAGAAACCACCGAAAAGUAUUUACAAAGCUCGUGAAAACAGAACAUCUGUAGAUGAUGAAAGCUAUAAUGAAAAUGAAGAGGAAGACCAUUCAGAACCUUCCACCGAAACACGUCAGUCGGAACGGGAGCGCAUUUCCUCGCAAGAUGACGAUAAAUCAAAAUCCAGUGACUUUGAAUCGGAUCUUGAGAAUGGGAAUGAAUCCGCGCUAGGGGAGGAAACGGACCACCUAAGCAGUUCCGACGAGGAACCCGUAAAACGGGGACGUCCCAAGCGAGGUUAUCGUGCGAAAGGUAAAAAACCGAAGCGUACCGAUUCACCGAAACAAUGCGAAGUCUGUGGCAAGCAGGUGCAGUAUAUGCGGGAACAUAUGCGUCUGCAUCGGAUAGAGUCACAGCAUCCGUGUCCACACUGUGACCGAACGUUUGUGCAGGCAAAUAACCUCAAGUACCACAUACGGAAACAUUUGGGCGUGAAACCGUACGCUUGCAAGCAGUGCAAAAAAGAAUUCUACUGUGAAGCACAUCUAAAGUCGCACAUGCGUGUCCACGGCCCGCAAGGUCUGUUUCAGUGCAGCGUGUGUCCGAAAAGCUUCAACCAGGAGUGCAAUCUAAAGAAGCAUCUGCGCGUACAUACUGGUGAAAAGCCGUAUGUAUGCGACAAAUGUGGGAAGCGCUUUAAUAGCACUUCAAAUCUACGCAACCACGCACGGUUGCAUUCGGACGAACGGCCACUAACGUGUGAUCACUGUUCGAAAAGUUUUGUCGAUGUGCAUCAUCUGCAGCGGCACAUACGGGUUCAUACGGGGGAAAGACCGUACAUUUGUCAUGUGUGCUUCAAUGCCUUCUACUGCCAGACGGGCCUAAUGGACCACCUGAAGACGCACAUCGAGAAAAAAUCUUUGAAACUAGACUAGCUAGAUAAAAUGCCGAUACGGGAAACAGUGCC